UGUCGUGUCGAGUCUCUCUAAUCCAACAGUCUCUGUACGGAGGUUUCCUGUUCCGUGUAAAAUCUUCUAUGUCUUGUAGAAUUAUUACACAGAAAUGUUGAUGAAUGUGCUUUGUAUUUUGACAAUGCCGAACUGGGUUUUCAAGAUGUGAGGCUUCUUCGUUGGAUUUUGGUGGAGAUUUUUGUCUUUCUUAAGUCGCUGAGCUUUUGGGUUUGUGUUGUUGUGGGAAGAAAUGAGUGAGAGUGGGGGGAAAACGUCGUCGUCUUUGGCGAUUACAGAGAAGCGGACGACGACGAACAGGCUUGGUGGUUGUGUUGGGAUUUUCUUUCAGCUCUUUGAUUGGAAUCGCAGGUUUGCUAAGAAGAAGCUCUUCUCCAAGAAAUUGCUUCCUCCUGUUCGUGCAAAACAAUCUUCUAAGAAGUUUAAAGGAGAUGAAAAAAUGCCCACAUCAAAGCUUCACUUGAUUGCUGAUGAGAACAAGGGAGGCUUCCCAAACAUGAAGAAACUUGGGAAUCGUAGUGUUGAUUCAGAGCACAAAAGCUAUGAAACACGAGCUCCUGGUUUGGUUGCUCGGCUUAUGGGUCUUGAAUCCAUGCCUGCUAUACGCGAGAAGCCCCAAAAGGCUUCUUUCUUUGAUGCUUGUGAUAAAGGAGAGAAGAAAUUUGUGAAUAAUAACUGUGGUGGGUCUGGGAGAGAAGAUACGAGUUUGGAGAGAGGAAGUCCGAAGCUUGACUCUCGACCUCAGAAGCUUCAAAAAACUGGUCAGUUUGAUAGAAAAGCAGUGACUAGGUUUGGAGCUGAAUCAGCAUUUCAAAUAAAGAGCGUUUUGUCGAGGUCAAGAAAGUAUCAUCACCACCAUCCUAAGUUUGUUUCUCCGGUCAAGAGCCCGAGGAUUCCAUCUGGGAAGAAUGUUUCUCGGACCUCGCGGUUGAUUGAUGCAGCCACUAAGAUUUUGGAACCGGGGCUGCAAUCUACAAGCAAAUCGAAAAAUGCGCUCACAUACUCAGCUUCUGUUCAUUAUCAUCAUCACAGCAAUGAGGGUGUAGCAGGGAGAGCGGUGAUUAAACCAGAGGAGCAGAGUAAACAGUCUGGUUAUAGUGCUAAUGCGGCCAAGUCUUUGAUGGGACAAACUUCUUGCAAAAAUUGCGGUAAUUUGCUUGAUGUUGUGGACUGCAGACCAAAUGUGGAUGAAGGGCCAUCUGGGUUUCCUUCUUUUGCUUCAAAUUUUGUUAACGGUCCCUCUUCUGAGGGAACGGGAAGGAGUAACCCAAGAAUACCCGUGUCAUCCUUUGGCCAAGGAACGGAACCGGUUUUUCAGAGAAAUUGGGACCAGCCUAUGUCUCUUGGUGCUCAAAAGAAGGAAGAAAUGGACAAUGUACAAUCAAAUAGUAAAGCUGUUACGGAGAGAAAGUCUUUGCCUCGUGAAGGUCUGGCUCCAUGGCCGUCAUCGAGCCAACCAUGUACUUUUCGGAGCAAUUCGACGACUUCUGUUGAAUUAAAGCAGAGAACUCAAAUUCAAGAGCAGAUGCCUUUAGCCAGGGAUAGAACUCCAGCCAGGUCCAACUCUAAACUAAACAAUUUGGAAAGCAGAAGAGUCUCAUCGGCUGCAAAUGCUGUUAGAGGUUCCAAAGAUUUUGUUUCCUUGAACAGAAACCUAAGUGGCCGCACCAGACCAAAGGUUCCCUCUAAAGUGGAAAGCUCUAACAAGUUUGUUCCAGAGAAGAAAGCUUUUAAUGGAAGGGAUGAGAGCUUACCACCAUUAAGAAGCUCAGUACGGAAAAGGAGGACAACAAAUGUUAAUGACCAAUUCGUAACUAGCGGUUUUGUUAGUUCAACUGCUACAAAACCAGGGAACAUUCAGUAUGAUUCUCUCAAGGGAAAAGGGUUUGGACUUAAUGCUCACUCGAUUAACUGUACUUUUGUUAAAAGUGGAUCAGCUAGUGCAGCAGAAGGUAAUGGAGUCGCUAAAAGUAAUAGCAAUGAUGUUAUUUCUUUCACUUUUAAUUCACCUAUAAGGCAAAAACCUGGAACCUCAAUGGAAAAGGAGAAGACCAUGGAUGAUGAGAUAAAGAAGUCUUUUCAAAAACCAUUCUCUUUGAAAGGGGAUUCUAUAGCUGCCAUUGUUGAGCAAAAGUUGAAGGAACUGACUAGUCAAGAAGAUGAUGAAUUUGCCAUAGGCGGUCCACCGAAGAGAUCUACUGCUAUGAUUCUGCAGGAGUUAAUAUCUGCUUUGACGGCCGAGCGGCCAGAUAUAGCCUCACCAUCCACUGCUGAAGGAAAGCAUGAAAAGUAUGCUAGAUUUUGUCAUGUCGCUGACCACUUGAGCCCUGGAUCUGUUCUUGAAGCUUCAUUCUCUUCUAGUAGUCUGGACGGUAGCUCAGGACAUAGGUUUUGCACCGAUUCUGUGGAUUACUCGAGCGAUCAGCUGCAUUACGCCAGUGAUCGGUUGCGUUACUUGGGACCCGAUGCUGAUCUUUUGGAUUCUGCUACCUCAAUGGAAGAAGAGGUGGCUGGUUGCGAGAGGCUGAUGGCUCUUAUUGGCAACGUUUCUCGAAUAUUAGAUACUGUUGGCGUUGCUGGGGGAAGAUUGACAAGAAGCAUGCUGUCUCAUGCAAAGGAUGUCAUUGUGAAUGCUGAAAUCUUGUUUGGAAAUGUGAUGCUACAUAGAUUAGAUGGAUUGGAAGGCCUUUUCAUUGGUCCGAUACUUCUCGAACUGGAAACUGUUGCUAAUGUUGCUUGGACAAAUAUCAACGCCUUUUCUGGUAUGGAUGCUGACAAAGGGGGAAAUCAAAUUAGGGGGUUUCUUUUUGAUUGUCUGAUAGAAUGUUUAGACUCCAAGUAUGUAAAAUACCAUUACUUAGGAUCCAGAGCACGCACAAGACUCCUCGCUUUCAUGAACAGGGAGAGCAUAAUUGGAGAAGUGGAAAAGGAGAUGAAGAAAUGGACAAGUUUAGCUGGGAUGAUUACAGACGAGAUAGUAGAACGGGAAAUGAGUCAUGGCCUGGGGAAAUGGACUAAUUUUGAUAUCGAAGCUUUUGAGUCCGGUGAUGAAGUUUGUGGUGACAUUCUUGGAGAUUUAGUAGAUGAAACUUUGAUUGACCUCAGGGAAUGCUGGCAAGGUUCCUUUUGAAAUUCAGAACUCCCCUCCUGCUUCCGAUUUCCUGUUUAGUCUGUUUAGUGGUUAUAACCUGCGACAUCUUUGUAAUCCAAUGGAUAUGAUAAAUUUUUGUACAAAUUAGUGAAAUGGUAUUAGUGCAGAGGCUAUUUGAUUGUUUGGAUGAACUGUCCAUAGAUGCUUGUUGGAAUGUAAUUUGUUAUGAACGUAAAUAACUAGUUCAGUAA